UAGUUGGUCGCCCCGACCGUGAACGUGAAGCAGCGAAGCGUCCCGGCAAAGGCACCCGGUGGCCGCGUCCAGCGCCUACCGUUUCCGGGGGGGCUCCUCGCCUCCUCUUCCCCCGUCCACCCAUUCUCCUGGCCGCUCUUCCCCUUCGUCGUCGCACUCCGCUAGCUCACCUCCUCGUCCCCAUAUAAACCAUAUCCCUCUCCGGGCCCCGCGCAGCCGCCGGCGACAAGCGCGCAGGAGCAGCAGUUGUCGCGCCUCACUGAUGGCGACCGCCGUGGCGUCGCAGCCGUGCCACCUUCCCCUCAGCGCCGGCGGAGAUCCCAGGUGCGCGGCCAGCACUUCGAAUGUUCAUACUCUGGAGAAAGUAUAUGGUUUCAGAUUCAUAUGCAGAAGCAUUGUUGAUGUAAAGACUCACAAAUUCCACUCCCGCAUUUCAAAGAGGAAGUGCUACUUGAGGAACUCACUGUCGGAGUGUGACAGGACCAUCCACAGUGGUAGAUGGUUGGAGUUUCGGAGACACAAGGGAGUCUUCCAGAGAACUAGAAGGAUGGUUCACAUUAUUCCAUUGGCUUCUGAUGGUGAUGGCAACCAUAUAUCUGUUAAUGGAGCUCUGCAAGUUGGUUCUACAAGCAACAUUGAUGAAAUAAAGUUGAAAUUGAAUAAAGCAUUGCAGAGUGAAGAUAUCAGCAAUGGACUCGUCCAGUCGAUACAUGAUGCUGCAAGAUCUAUUGAGUUGGCUCUCAUAGAGCACAGCAAAUUGCCAAAGAGCUCUUGGUUUCCAAAGACAUGGCUAGGCGUUGAGAACAAUGCUUGGAUAAAAUCACUGUCUUACCAGGCUGCUGUAGACUCAUUGUUGAAAGCAGUUAUCGAUGUUUCAUCUCGUGGGAAUGACAGAGAUAGAGAUAUUAAUGUGUUUGUUCAAAGGAGUUUGUCCCGCCUGCUCACCCCCCUUGAGAGUGUUAUCAAGAAUGAAUUAUCUAAGAGGGAACCUGCAUUGUAUGAAUGGUAUUCAUCCGAUCAAAAUCCUUUGGUGGUGAGACAAUUUGUAAACAUUUUUGAAAAUGAUCCAAUGUUUUACUCUGCUACAGCAAUAUGCCUUGAAGGCGAGCCGAUGAAUACUAGUGAAAGUGAUCUUUCUCUGCUUAUGCUAGGUUUGAUCUGUCUUGCUGCAAUCACAAAGUUUGGAUCAGCAAAAGUUUCUUGUCAGCAAUUCUCUUCAAUGGUGCCUGAUAUUAUUGGUCGAUUCAUGGAUAUGCUUCUUGAGUUUGCCCCUCUAAGUAAAGCAUAUAACUUGGCGAAAGAUAUUGGUCUUCGGAGAGAAUUUUUGUAUAAUUUUGGUCCUCGUGCUGCUGUUCCUAAACUUGGCAAUGACCAUGGACUUGAAAUAUCAUUUUGGAUUGAACUGGUGCAGAAGCAAUUACUCUGGGCUCUUGAUCGUGAAAAGAUAUGGUCAAGACUGACAACAAGUGAAAGCAUUGAGGUUCUGGAAAAGGAUCUUGCAAUAUUUGGUUUUUUUGUUGCUUUGGGUAGAAGCACACAAGGAUAUUUGUCUUUCAAGGGUUUGACUGAUUUGGAUGAUUCACUGAAUGGUAUUGUAAGGUAUCUUAUCGGUGGGAGUGUACUAUAUUAUCCACAGCUGUCCUCGAUUAGUUCAUAUCAACUGUAUGUGGAGGUAGUCUGUGAAGAGCUCGAGUGGCUUCCUUUUUACAAUGAUGAUGUUUUAAGUGCAAAAACUGAUACUGAAGGUAGAGAAGAAGUGCCUAAAGGAGAAGUCAUAUCAAGAGUCCUAAAUGUGUGCUCUUACUGGAUGACUAGUUUUACAAAGUACAGCUCAUGGCUUGAGAACCCUUCAAAUGUGAAGGCUGCAAAGUUCCUUUCUAAGGGGUUUGUAAUUAUUUGGUCACGACAAUGCGUAUCUAUCUCUUGUUUGCAGAUAGGGAUUUGUUUUUGUUUUUCUAAAAAGCAGAUACGGAUUUGUGAGUACUGAUUAAUUUUCUACUGCAUGUUAAUAAUUGUAGACAUGUCAUGUUGAGUGACUGCAUGAAGGAGCUUGACAUAUCAAGAAAUAUGUCAAACGACAGUGGCUUCCUAGAACCUGAAGAAGAAUUGGAUACUGGAACAGAAUUAGCUUCCUUUGACAAGUCGCUUGAAAAUGUUGAAGAAGCUCUGGUUAAGUUAGAAAAUUUGCUUCAAGAAUUACAUGUUUCCAGUUCGCACUCUGGUAAGGAGGAUCUGAAGGCUGCAUGCUCUGAUCUUGAAAUGAUAAGAAGACUGAAGAAAGAAGCUGAGCUUCUUGAGGCAUCCUUUCUAGCAAAAGCAGAAUAUCUGGAGGCCGAUGCAAGUAGCGGAUCACUAUCUCCUGCAGAGGAAGGACCUGUAAAGACAAGUAGCAGGACGAACGAUACAUCAGCACCACAAAAAACAGGAAGCAGGGUGGAUAAUAAACGUCGCCCAUUUUGGGACUUCUUUGGUCGGUCUUUGAAAGUUGAUCCAGCUCUUGCAGAUCAGGAUCUGAUCACUGUCGCCAAUGUGGAGAAGGAAGGCAUGGAGUCAAAUGACAUCCUCCGCUUCGAACAGUUAAGACGUGAGCUGAUUGAGUUAGAAAAGAGAGUGCAGAAGAGUGCGGAUGAAGCUCAAAAGGAGGAGGAGAUGGUUGUCGCAGAAAAAACAACUGCACCAUCGCCUGGAUCAUCAGUUUCUUCUCGUCAGACUACCAAGAAAGAAAA